GUUCAAAGCACAAUAGUACCUAAUGUCGAUAAAACCAACGAUGACCACUGUGGCUUUGAAGCUACUAACGAUCCUAAGCAUCUUCUACCACAUUCUGCCCAGUGCACAUGGUGCAAACAGAAAUGGUGUAAAGCUCACUCGAGUAGAAGUCUUCGAUUAUCCACCGAUACUGCGGUCGAACGCAACCAUUUCUCGGCACGGUUCGGCAACAGCUGUCAACAUUGACCUCUUCUUCAACCAAGAUGUACCGCAGCUAAAGAUCACUGACGUUCUAACGAUCCUCUCGAAGGAUGGAGAAAGCCAGACAACACUGUACAACAACACGGUUAGUUUGUGUGCCUUCCUGGAACAACCGGCCCGCAAUCGGUUGCUGCAAAUCCUACGGCAGGAAAUUAUGCUCCGUGGCAACAUACCAAGCAAGUGUCCCAUUCGCGCCGGUACGUACUCGGUGCGGAAUGCAACGUUUGCCAAGGCGCGCAUACCUUCGCUGCUUCCGCCGAGCUACUUUCGCGUCGACCUUAAUCUACUGUUUGCGCAGAAAAUGAUCCUUAAGUCACAAUGGUACGGGAGGUUUGUAAAAGUUUAA